AUGUCAUCAGCAAAAGGUGCUUCCAUCGGUAUUGACCUGGGUACCACCUACUCCUGUGUGGGGGUGUUCCAGCAUGGAAAAGUGGAGAUCAUCGCCAACGACCAGGGCAACAGAACCACCCCGAAUUAUGUGGCCUUUACAGACACAGAGAGACUGAUUGGUGAUGCUGCAAAGAAUCAGGUGGCCAUGAACCCCAAUAACACCGUCUUUGAUGCCAAGCGUCUGAUUGGACGAAAGUUUGAUGAGCAUGUCAUGCAAUCCUGGAGUAACUUGGAUCAUUGGCCCUUUAAAGUAAUAAAUUAUGAAGGAAAGCCCAAAGUUCAAGUGGAGUACAAAGGAGAAAACAAAACAUUUUACCCAGAAGAGAUCUCCUCCAUGGUUCUGGGCAAGAUGAAGGAGAUUGCUGAGGCCUACCUGGGUCAGAAAGUAAACAAUGCCGUCAUCACUGUACCUGCCUACUUUAGCCACUCACAGCGCCAGGCCACCAAGGAUGCUGGAGUGAUCGCUGGACUGAAUGUGCUUAGGAUCAUCAACGAGCCCACAGCAGCAGCCAUUGCUUAUGGACUGGAUAAAGACAUCGGGUGUGAAUGUAAUGUCCUCAUCUUUGACCUCGGUGGUGUGUACUUAAACGUUUCAAUCGUAACCAUUGAAGAUGGCUUCUUUGAGGUGAAAGCCAUAGCUGGGGACACUCACCUGGGUGGGGAAGACUUUGAUAAUCGCAUGGUGGAUCACUUUGUGGAGGAGUUCAAGAGGAAGUUUAAGAAAGACAUCAGCCAGAACAAGAGGGCACUGAGGAGGCUGUGCACAGCAUGUGAGGUGGCCAAAAAGACACUUUCCUCUAGCUCCCAAGCCGGCAUUGAGAUCGACUCUCUUUAUGAAGGCAUUGAUUUCUACACCUCCAUCACCAGAGCUCGCUUUGAGGAGAUGAACUCCGACCUCUUCAGGGGAACCCUUGAGCCUGUGGAGAAGGUCCUGAGAGAUGCCAAGCUGGACAAGUCACAAAUACAUGACAUCGUCUUGGUGGGAGGUUCCACCAGGAUCUCUAAAAUCCAGAAGCAGUUGCAGGAUUUCUUCAAUGGAAGGGAGCUGAACAAGGGCAUCAACCCUGAUGAGGCAGUGGCCUAUGGUGCUGCAGUCACGGCCGCCAUUCUCACGCGUGACAAGUCUGAGAACGUCCAGGAUCUAGUGCUGCUGGAUGUGGCCCCGCUGUCUCUGGGCAUCGAGACGGCUGGAGGAGUCAUGACUACCUUCAUGAAGCGCAACACCACCGUCCCCACCAUACAUACCAAGACCAUUACCCCGUGCUCUGACACCAUCCAGGUGUAUGAGGGAGAAGGAGCCAUGACCAAGGACAACAACCUGCUGGGCAAGAUUGAGCUGACUGGGAUCCCUCAGGCCCCACGCAGAGUCCCCCAGAUUGAGGUGACCUUUGACAUUGACGCUAAUGGAAUCCUCAAUGUGUCAGCAGUCACCAAAAGCACUGGCAAGAAGAGGAAGAAGAUAUCUGCCACAGCUGACAUUCCAUGGUUCAGCAAGGAUGAGAUUGAGCAGAUGAUACAGGAUGCAGAGAAAUACAAAAUAGAAGAUGACAUUCUCAGGAAGAAGGUUGCUGCCAAGAACUCCCUGGAGUCUUAUUCGUUCAACAUUAAGAGCAGCAUUAAGGCAGUUGAUGAGCGGUGCAAACAGACCUUUACCUGGAUAGAGAACAACGGACUGGCCGACAAAGAGGAGUUUGAGUACGAGCAGAAGGAGUUGGAGAAGGACUGCAAAUCCAUAAUCUCCAAGCUGUACCAUUGAAGGAUUUCAGGAGGAAUGCAGUUUUCAAACGGAGGCAAGCAACCUCUAGCCAGGCCUCAUUCCGGUAGCCAUGAAAUCAAGCCAAAGUAACAUCACAACACCCAAAAUGCAACAGCAAAACAAGAAAAUCAGUUAAAAGAGUCACGAAAACACCCACCAGAAUACAUGAAUUUUGAACCUGGAAAUACUUUGGAGAACAUUCAGUUAAUUUUGUCACAUCUGCAUUUGCAUUUUUGUCACUUGUGUGCAUAGUGUGGGGCAUAGACAUUCUGAUUAUUGAGCUUCCCAGUUGGUUGGGGGUGCUGUGCUUCUUGUGCACUGGGCCUGUUCACCAAUCAGGGGUGGCACAAAUUAAAGAGAUAUCUGGAAUAUUGAACUGAAUCAGAUCAUUCCCAUUAAAGAAUCAUAUUGCAAAUUGUAAUCACAAUUGCAAUGUUUUCUCCAAAUUGUUCAACUCUAGUUUUUCUUUUUAAUUAAAACACAAAACAUUAUUUAUUGCUUUGUGGUAUGUUUUUAAAGUGCAUGUUACUCUCUCACACACACAUGCACUCUAA